GUUUUUCUUCAGAACUUGAGCCAAGGAAGGAGAGAGGUCGCAAGUCGCAACCCAGUUUUGGAGAGAUCUUUUCUAAUGAGAACUUUGGGAGAAUCAUCCUCAGAGAUGAACGACGCGAAUCCGCCGGCGAUUCCUCAAUCUUCGCCAGUUCAUCCACCGGAGUAUCAGAAGAUCGCAACGACGACGGUGGAAAAUGCGGCUUCCUGGAUCGAUGAUGCACUUCGUCAGGCGCUUGUGUACCAGAAGACGAUCACGGAGACGUUGGAUUCUACCAUUGACGCCUCUAAAGCUCGAUUGUCUCAAAUUCGAGACACUUCUGUAGCUCACACGAGCCAAACCCUCGAUUCUCUUCGUGAGAUAGCUUCUGAGUAUAACGUUUACGAACAAAUGGUGUUUGGGAAGAUUAAAGAUGGUGUGAACGUUGCUGCAUCUCAUCCGGUUAUAUCAGGCACCUUGGCUUUUGGGGUUGGGAUUUUUGCUCUGAAAAAGACGAGAAGACUUGUAUAUUACAAUACUGUACGCAUGUUUGUAAGUGAAGAGGCUUUGCUUUCUAGAGCAGAUCUUAAAGUAAAAGAGUUGCGACAAUCAAUGGAUCGUCUUACUGCCCAAAGUGAAAAGUUAGAGAGAGUUGCGACUAUGGCAGAAGAGGAAUUGAUUAGAGGAAGGAUGAAACUCAGACAAGCAGGCAAACAGAUUAGAGGUGCGAUCCACUCGGCUUAUAAGAUUGAAAAGCAAGCAGCAGGUUUGAAAGAUGUACUAAAAGAAUUGCCAUCGAGGGAAGCUUCUCGAUUCCGCUCACAAAUAUCGAACCGCGCGUCUGAAGUGAAGCAAGAGAGAAACGCUUUGACAAAGGAAGUGAACAAAAUCAGCAACUAUGGUAUCUCCGUAUGAGGCAAACUAAACCCCAUUUUCGAGUUACAAAUUUAUAUACUCUUGGGUUCUUAGAUGAUGGAGCAAAAUUACACAAUAAUAAUGUCUACAACAUGAUUCGAACUUUUUUAAAAUUUUUUUGGUUUGGUGUCAAAUGCCAAAGAUGUAAUUCCUUGUUGUCUCAUGUUUUCGAGGGCUUUAGCUCUUUGGCAAUAGUUAAAUCUCCCAUGAAGGUGUAUUCUUAAAUCCAGUUUUCACUUUGAAUUUUAAUCGAAAUCAAUUAUAAUAUAAUCAGUUUUCUUCUA